UCACAUGUCCAACUCAUCACACUUCUCCUUAUAAGUCCCUCAAUUUUUCAUUUCCAUCUAACAAAAUUUUACUCCUACACAUAAUAAACUCUCUCUCCCUCUCUCUAUUUCUUGAUUUCUUCUCUAUAUUUUCUUGAUUUUCUUCAUCUCUUCUCUCUCUAAUUUCUUGGUUUUCUUGAUUUUCUUGAAAUGGAUUUGCUCAUGUUAGUGUAUGCAUUCUUGAUCUUGUAUCCACUUCUCUUGCUUUUUAGGUGGGUUGAUGGCAAAUUAGAUCGAGAAUGUUAUAUACUGGAUUACGAGUGCUAUAAACCUACGGAUGAUCGAAUGCUUAACACGGAAUUCUCCGGGGAUAUUAUAUUGAGAAACAAGAAUCUCGGUCUCAACGAGUAUAAGUUUCUCCUGAAAGCUAUCGUAAGCUCCGGCAUUGGAGAGCAAACGUACGCUCCAAGAAUGGUUUUCGACGGACGAGAAGAAAACCCUAGAUACGAAGACGCGAUCUUGGAAAUGGAUGAGUUUUUUCAUGAUUGCAUCGACAAAUUAUUGACAAGGUCAGGCGUUUCUCCUCAAGAGAUCGAUGUUCUCGUCGUAAAUAUAUCCAUGCUAUCCGUAAUGCCGUCUCUAUGUUCAAGAAUCAUAAAUCACUACAAGAUGAGAGAAGAUAUUAAAUCUUAUAAUCUCACGGGAAUGGGCUGUAGUGCUAGUCUUAUUUCUGUCAACAUUGCACAAAACAUUUUUAAGUCUCGAAAAAAUGUUUAUGCACUUGUGAUUACAUCCGAAUCUUUAACUCCGAAUUGGUACUCGGGCAACAACAGAUCGAUGAUUCUCGCAAAUUGUUUGUUCCGAUCCGGUGGGUGUGCGAUGCUUUUAACUAACAAAAGAGCAUUAAAACAUAAAGCCAUGUUCAAACUCAAGUGUCUAGUAAGAACCCAUCAUGGAGCUAGAGAUGAAUCUUAUAAUUGCUGCAUCCAAACAGAAGACGAGCAAGGCCACUCCGGGUUCCACCUCGAUAAGACGCUACCCAAGGCGGCAACGAGGGCGUUUAUCGACAAUCUACGAGAGAUUUCGCCGAAAAUACUACCAAUAAGAGAGCUCCUCAGAUUUGGGAUCAUGGCUUUGAUAAGAAAAUGGCGUAACCGUAACAAUAAAGGCGCCGGAGGACCGAGACCGGUGAUUAAUUUCAAGACGGGAGUGGAUCAUUUUUGCAUCCACACAGGUGGGAAAGCUGUAAUAGAUGGAAUAGGAGUGAACCUUGAUUUGUCUGAGUAUGAUUUGGAACCGGCAAGAAUGACAUUACAUAGAUUUGGAAACACUUCAGCUGGGAGUUUGUGGUAUGUGUUGGCUUACAUGGAAGCUAAGAAGAGGUUGAAGAAAGGAGAUAGGGUUUUGAUGAUAAGUUUUGGUGCAGGUUUUAAAUGCAACAGCUGUUUGUGGGAAGUGGUUAGAGAUUUAAAAAAUGGUAAUGUGUGGAAGGAUUGUAUUGAUAGCUACCCACCAAAAACUUUGGCUAACCCUUUCAUGGAGAAGUAUGGUUGGAUCAAUAAUGAAGAUGAAAGUACCUUUGUUUUUCCUUCAUAAAACUUCAAAAUCAAUUUAUCUACCUACAAAUAUACCAGGUUUGUCGUAUAUACCAUAUUUUUUAAAUUUUAUCAGUAUGAUCCGUCACAUUUUCGAGCUUUUGUUAAAUAUAUUUACGAUUCAUUUGGUACAUGUGACCAACCUGAUGUGUAAUAUCCAUGUGUACAAAGUUCGUCAUAUGUGGCGUAUAAAACAUCGUGUCACGUUAGUUCCAAAAAAAUCAUAAAUAUAUUUAAUAAUGUUCGAAAAGAUAUUAAAAUCAGACUGACGGAAUUUAAUGGUAUGUAUGACGAAUGAGCUAUACUUGUUACUUGAUAAAUUUAUUUUGCAAAAACUAUACAAGUAUUUUUAUCAAAUACUCUUAUUUAUUAAUAAUCAUCAUCAUUUCAAUAGGGUCUUCUUUUAAAUUUUUUUGUUUCCAAUUUUAGUUUUCUUUGAAUUUGUCAAUUAAAUUUGUACACUAGUUGUUAUUAUUAUUUAUUGUUAAAUCCACUUUGUGGAUUUCAUAACCCAAUAAGAUGUGCUGCUUCCAAAAGAUGAGAAGUUUGCAAUAUAUCCUAUUGGAGGGCUGUAAUUUUUAUUUUUUACCUUUUUUUUACAAGUUGGAUAGUGUGGUACUCUUGUUGUAUUAUGUUUUUUUUUUCACCUUUUUACUUUUCAAGAAAUAGAAGUCUCCCAUUUGAAUGUUCA